CAAGAAAUUGCAAAGUUCGUCUAAACCGGUUCAGAUCCGUUAAACAAUCCUGUUGCCGGAACCCACAACCUGUGAGCAUGAGAAUUAUCCCAUGAGCACAAACUCAAUUACGUGAUCUUCUGGAUGAAUUGGGGAUACCGUAUGAUUUCGUCGAGAAGCAGGGUUACAGCUGUGCCAUUUGCCUCUACAGCCACGUACAUACAGCCGAACGUAGCCGGCAGACCUUUAGCCCCACAGAAUCCGCACAAUCAUGCCUCAUCUGUAACCCGCGGUUGACGAGAUCAUACGGCAUGCUGUGCGCAAUCAGGGCGGGAUGUCUUUUGGUUGUGGUGCUGAAGAGCCUUGAUUCACAAGGAUGGUUUGUUUCUGUUGGUUGUUAUGUGGCGACUUCGCAUUGUGAGCUGACACAACUUAACAUUGGCGGUUGUAGUUUAUAAGGAUCGUGGUACUCUGUCGAGGAUGUCAUUUACAGAGCUGGCUAACCCUGCAUACCUAGACUGAACCUCAUCAUGUAUGUAAGCAGUGGUAGGUCUAUGACUAUGAAUCGCCUGUUCUUUUGUAUGCAUUUUUGACCGGAGAGUAUGCACAGCAUCUCUGUCAUCAGCUGUAUGCCGAAGACUUUGGACUGAUGUUUCUGGAAGCCAACGGGCUUUGUAGAGGCUCACACCGCGACAUUACAUACUUCUGAGCAUAUCAAUCAGACGAUGUCGAUGUGCCCCUGCAAGGUAUAGGCGCGUCGAUGUUGGGCAAUCACGAUUCCACAAUCGGAUGACCAGUUCAGAGCGCGACAAGAGAGUAGAAGAGAUGGGUAGAAAAUGAGAAAAGGGCUCGUUCGACCCUCAUGGACGCUGGGUACCAUUAUCAUGACGACUUGAUUUUGUAAAGUCGGAAGCACCAAAUAUCAUUUCUUGAUCGUUCAGUCGUCAGUCUCUGAUUGUUGUAACAACCUCGACAGCCCUGACCACAAGAAGACAAGGACCCAAAGCGCGCCAAGGCAUCAUGGUACUCCACAGUGUUCAUGACCUGGAUCCCACCGAAGGGACAGUGCGGCUGUACCGAUUCGAGAAUUCCCCAGUUGUCCUGGUCCCGAAGCCAUCCAACGACCCAAACGAUCCCCUGUUUUGGAGCCGGGGCAAGAAGAGGGUCGCUUUCCUAUCGGUAUGUUGGUUCGCUUUCUUAACCAACUUCGGCAUCGGAGGCUUGACACCUGCCUUCUAUCUCCUCUCCCUGGAAUUCGGAAAGACACAAGCAGAGACCGGCGCCCUGCUGCUAUGGCCCGUCCUCACACUCGGCGCCUCCAACUUCUUCUGGGUACCCAUUGCCAACUAUUGGGGCAAACGGCCAGUGUUAUUUUUCGCGUGCGGGCUGCUCUGCGCGUGCUCCAUGUGGGGAGCCGUGGCUGAAACGUUCGAGUCCUUACUAUCGUCCCUCAUCGUUGCAGCGUUUGCUGGAUCGUCGACAGAAACCCUUGGAGCGAGCAUGUUAAACGACCUGUACUUCUUGCACGAACGGGGUUCUGUGAUGAGUACCUAUAUGACCUUCCUCUCGGGAGGGAACACCAUCGGUCCACUCAUUUGUGGCUUCAUCGUGUCGAAGUACAGUUGGAGAUGGCAUAAGUGGCUGACCUUCAUUCUGGCUGUCCCCAACUUCUUGGCGGUUGCUUUCCUGGUGCCCGAGACAACUUAUGUCCGCUACAGCCUAAGGGCAGUUGACUUCGACUCGGGAACCAGUCGAGGACCGACUCCAAGGCUAGUCAGUCGCUCGAAUGCGGAAAAGGGGCUCGGGUUCGGAAAUGCUCAGGGAGCUCGUUCACAUCUGGGCGACACUGAUGAGAGCGACGCCGGUGUGAAUCUUCCAAAGAAGUGCUGGGCAGAAGAGAUUGGACUAUGGCCUGUAGUCUCUCGUGACACCCCCCUCUGGCGGUUGUUCAUCCGACCCUUCCCCUUGUGGUUAUAUCCUUGCGUCAUUUUUGCCUUUCUUGCAUAUGCAAUUUCGCUGGAGAUGACGGUGGCCGUGAACAUCCUAAAUCCCUUUGUGUUUCAGGCACCGCCGUAUAACUGGUCGCCCAUGGUCAACGGUUUGAUCAACAUCCCAGGACUCAUUGGUAACCUCUUCGGCAGCGUAUUGGGCGGCUGGGCGGUUGACAAGUUUUGCGACUGGAAGACCAGGCGCAACAAUGGCGUUUACGAACCAGAGAAUCGACUGUGGCUCUGCAUCGUACCUCUGAUCAUCAGCGGCUCGGGCUGCUUGGUGUUCGGAUAUGGCAUUGAAAAGGCAAUGGGCUGGGUCAGCCUGUUCUUUGGAUAUGGUAUGAUGUCGGUAGCAUUGACGGCGGUGCCGACCAUCACCAUGGCCUAUGUCUCGGACUGUCUGCUUCCACUAAACUCGGAUGCUCUUAUGCUUGUCAAUGGUAAGAAGCAGCAUGAGUCCCUCCUGGUUGAGUAA